AUGUCAUGGCUCCUCAACUCUAUGGAGCAGAAAAUUGCUGAAAUCUUCUGCUACUCUAAGUCCUCUCUUCAACUAUGGGAGACUUUCAAGGAGAUGUAUGGUAACCAAAACAAUGUUGCUCGUGUCUUUCAGCUCAAACAGGAAAUUGCAAACCUUCAGCAAGAAGGUAAGCCGUUUGUUCAACUUCUUGGUGAUUUGAAAAACAAGUGGAAUGAGCUCGAGGUGUACCGCCCACACACCAUGGAUGCUACUGUGCUUCUGAAAAUAGCCGAAGAAGAUAAAAAAUUUCAGUUAUUAUCAAGCUUAGACUCAACAUAUGAAGAUCUCCCCAGUCACAUUCUUAUGAAUUCUGAGCUGCCAUCCUUUACAAGUGUUUGUGCUACAAUUCAACGAGAAGAGGUACGUAGAAAGGUCAUGAACAUUGAAACCAAGACAAAUAUUUAUGAAACUAGAGCAUAUUUGUCGAAUCACAAACACACUGAGGAGAAAGUAUACAAAGGAAAUAGGCCAGAUUUGAAGUGCAGCUAUUGCAACAACAUUAGUCAUGUGAAGAAGAGAUGUUGGAUCCUUCACCCUGAAUUGAAGCCUCUCAAGUUUAUCAAGGAAAUAAAGGCACUCAGAAGAAAUUUCAUACUUCAGUUUCUAAGGCUAAUCAUGCAACGUCUUCAAACAAUGGACUUCGAAGCUUCACUUCCAAUCCUGCUGAUCUUAUCAAUGAAUUUGCUUCUUAUAUUCAGAAAACGAAAUGGAGUAAUGACAGUGAAGGAGUAA